AUGAGGAAAUGCCGGGUUGGGUGGGGCUGGGUGGGGAAAGCUGUGGGCGAUCGGGUGAGCCUGCCUGCUGUGCUCGCCAGUACCAUCAGCACCUGCUGUGUCGCGUAUUCCUUGCCGUUGCGUGUUGCCGGCGUUUGGGAACCUGAGGCAGGAGGAUUGCUGCGAGUUGAGGCCAAGCUUGCCCUAGUCGACAAAGCCUGCCUACUGAGAGAUGCCCACUGCCGGUCAUUUGCAUAUCUUACCCUUAAGGACAGACUACCACAGAUCUUAACCAAGGCUAUUGAUACAUUGCAUCGACAUAGAAGUGAAUUUUUUAAAAAACAUGGACAGGAAGGAGUGGAAGCUGAAAAGAAAGCCAUCUCUCUUCUUUGUAAAUUGCGCAAUGUUACAGAUAAACCGAUUAUCUGCUUGGCGGAUAAAUGGGUUCACACUGACAUAUGGAAUCAAUACCUGGAACAAGAGCAGAGUCUGUUGGAUGAAAGCAAUGGGGUGGAGCCACACUGGUUCUUCUCGCCCUGGUUGUUUGUAGAGUGUUACAUGUAUCGGAGGAUUCAUGAAGCCGUCAUCCGGAGUCCACCAAUCCAUGACUUCGAUGUAUUUAAAGAAAGCAAAGAUGAGAACUUCUUUGAGUCUCAAGAGUCCAUCGAUGCUCUGUGUAUGCACAUGCAGCAGCUGAAACCAGCCAGAGACCUCCGCAAGGACCAGGUGAAGGACGAGCAUUUUAAACUUCUGCAGAUCUCCCACUGGGGGAAUAAGUGUGACUUGUCUCUAUCAGGCGGAAAAAGCAGUUCCCAGAAGACCAAUGUCAUCAACUCUUUGGAAGGCCUAAAGCCAUUCAUUCUGAUUAAGGACACAGAGUCUCUUUGGGCAUUGCUCAGUAAACACAAGAAAGCAGCAAAACCGCGCGUAGUUAGAGUAGACAUCGUUCUGGAUAAUUCUGGCUUUGAACUCAUCACAGAUCUAGUACUCGCUGACUUCUUGUUAUCCUCUGAGUUAGCUACUGAGAUUCAUUUUCACGGAAAAAGUAUCCCAUGGUUUGUGUCUGACGUAACUGUGCGUGACUUUAAUUGGAUACUUGAACAUGUGAGGAGUAGCAGUCAGAAGUCCACGGCCACCUGUGGUGCCGACUGGGAAAACCAUGUUAAAAUGGGCAGAUGGAUUUACCACGAUCAUAUAUUUUGGACUCUGCCUCACCAGUAUUGCGAGAUGCCCCAGGUUACCCCUGACUUGUAUGCUGAACUACAAAAGGCACGCCUCAUUUUAUUCAAGGGGGAUUUGAAUUAUAGGAAGUUGAUGAGUGACAGAAAAUGGGAGUUUACCAUUCCGUUCCAUCAGGCCCUGUGUGGCUUCCACCCGGCACCUCUGUGUAGCAAAAGAACAUUAAAGUGUGGGCUUCAGGUUGGUCUACAGCUGGGUCAGGCUGAGCGGCUCAUGGCUUCUGAUCCCCAUGGGCUGACCACGGGCAAGUAUGUAAUAUUUCAGUUUGAUGGCCCACUUUGACUCUGCUCAGGAAUUCCCGGUUAAUCUCCUCUCGGCCCCAGAAAAACAGUGCAUGGAUCUAGUCCUGACUUUCAGCAGCCUGGGGAGCCCCAUUUUCUCAGCUCCUGUGCUACCUUACACUGUAGAUGAUGC